UCUCUUCUUGGUUUUUCGUUUUGUGUUUUUGUUUUCUCGCAACAGUAAACGCAUUUAACACAAAAUAUAUAUAGAAAUUUCCAGAACUCACAACAACAUCAAACGUUUCUUCUUCUUCCUCCCUCUCUCUUUAAAAGGUUGUUGUUUGUUCUGUUAGGAGCAGACCAAUUUAUUAAAAUCGGUUAAUUUUUGGACAAGAUGAGCGUGGUAGGUUUUGAUUUUGGCAAUGAGAGCUGCAUUGUUGCUGUUGCAAGGCAAAGGGGCAUUGAUGUUGUGCUUAAUGAUGAAUCAAAGCGUGAGACACCAGCUGUCGUAUGCUUUGGUGACAAGCAGCGGUUCAUUGGGACUGCAGGGGCCGCAUCAUCUAUGAUGAACCCCAAAAAUACAAUAUCUCAGAUUAAACGUUUAAUAGGGCGACAAUUUUCUGACCCUGAGUUGCAAAAGGAUCUGAAAUCAUUGCCAUUUGCCAUCACUGAAGGUCCUGAUGGAUUUCCUUUGAUACAUGCACGAUACUUGGGUGAAAUGAAGACGUUUACUCCUACCCAAGUUCUGGGAAUGAUGUUUUCAGAUUUGAAAAGCAUAGCUGAGAAGAAUCUGAAUGCAGCUGUAGUGGACUGUUGCAUUGGAAUUCCUGUUUAUUUCACUGACCUUCAAAGAAGAGCUGUGUUGGAUGCAGCCACAAUUGCAGGCCUGCAUCCUCUCCGCUUGAUUCAUGAAACUACAGCCACAGCAUUGGCUUAUGGUAUUUAUAAGACUGAUUUGCCGGAAAAUGACCAAUUGAAUGUUGCCUUUGUGGAUGUGGGGAAUUCAAGUUUCCAAGUAUGCAUAGCCGGGUUCAAGAAGGGUCAACUUAAGAUAUUGGGUCACUCAUUUGAUCGGUCUUUAGGUGGUAGAGAUUUUGAUGAAGCUCUAUUCCAGCAUUUUGCAGCCAAGUUCAAGGAUGAAUACAAGAUUGAUGUUUUCCAGAAUGCCAGGGCCUGCCUUCGUCUUAGGGCUGCCUGUGAGAAAUUGAAGAAAGUUCUUAGUGCCAAUCCUGAGGCUCCUUUGAAUAUUGAAUGCUUGAUGGAUGAGAAGGAUGUGAGGGGUUUCAUUAAGAGGGAUGAAUUCGAACAAAUUAGUGCUCCAAUUUUGGAACGUGUGAAGAGGCCUUUGGAGAAAGCUCUGGCUGAAACUGGGCUUUCAGUCGAGAAUAUUCACAUGGUUGAGGUUGUUGGUUCAGGCUCUCGUGUUCCUUCCAUAAUGAAGAUCUUAACAGAAUUCUUUGGGAAGGAGCCUAGGCGUACAAUGAAUGCAAGUGAGUGUGUUGCUAGGGGCUGUGCUUUAGAAUGUGCAAUCCUCAGUCCUACAUUCAAAGUGAGAGAGUUUCAGGUAAAUGAGAGCUUCCCAUUUUCAAUUGCAUUGUCAUGGAAAGGCUCUGCUCCAGAAGCGCAAAAUGAAGCAGCAGAUAAUCAGCAAAGCACUAUUGUUUUCCCAAAGGGAAAUCCAAUACCUAGUGUUAAGGCAUUGACUUUCUACAGGGCAGGUACAUUCACUGUAGAUGUUCAAUAUGCUGAUGUGAGCGAGUUGCAAGCACCUGCUAAGAUCAGUACUUAUACGAUUGGUCCUUUCCAAUCUACUAAAAGUGAACGGGCCAAAGUGAAAGUGAAAGUUCGUUUGAAUUUGCAUGGAAUUGUAUCAAUUGAGUCAGCAACACUCUUGGAGGAGGAAGAAAUAGAAGUUCCAGUCACAAAAGAGCCAGAAAAGGAAGCUACUAAGAUGGAGACUGAUGACGCUCCUGCUGAUGGUGCUCCCCCAAGUUCCAAUGAGACUGAUGCAAACAUGCAAGAUGCUAAAGCUAGUGCUGAUGCCCCUGGGUCUGAAAAUGGUAUUCCUGAGUCAGGUGAAAAGACUGCUGAAAUGGAGACUGAUGCUAAGGCUCCAAAGAAAAAGGUGAAGAAAACAAACAUCCCUGUAUCAGAAUUGGUUUAUGGUGGAAUGGUACCAGCUGAUGUGCAAAGGGCUGUGGAGAAGGAGUUUGAAAUGGCUUUGCAAGACCGAGUUAUGGAAGAAACUAAAGAUAGGAAAAAUGCUGUUGAGGCUUAUGUCUAUGACAUGAGGAAUAAGCUUUGCGACAAAUACCAGGAAUUUGUCACUGAUUCUGAAAGGGAGCAGUUCACUACCAGACUUCAGGAAGUAGAAGAUUGGUUGUAUGAAGAUGGUGAGGAUGAAACCAAAGGUGUUUAUGUUGCCAAGCUUGAGGAGCUGAAAAAGCAAGGUGACCCCAUUGAAGAGCGUUACAAGGAAUUCACAGACAGGAGUUCUGUGAUUGAUCAAUUUGCUUACUGUAUCAACAGUUACAGAGAGGCAGCUAUGUCUACUGAUCCCAAAUUUGAUCACAUUGACUUGGCCGAAAAGCAGAAGGUACUGAAUGAGUGUGUCGAAGCAGAGGCCUGGUUGAGGGAGAAGAAGCAGCAUCAGGACUCGCUUCCCAAAUAUGCUGCUCCUGUUCUCUUGUUAGCUGAUGUGAGAAGGAAGACUGAAGCGGUUGACAGGUUCUGCAGGCCGAUAAUGACAAAACCAAAGCCAGCCAAACCCGCCACUCCUGAGGCUCCGGCAACCCCACCUCCCCAGGGAGGUGAAUCCCAACCACAUGAUGGUGAUGCCCAUCCAAAUGAAAAUGCAGAAAACGCCACAGGUGAGGCACCACCAGCUUCUGGAGAACCAAUGGAGACUGACAAGUCAGAAAAUCCCUCAGGUACUGCAUAAAUUAAGUGGAGUGGGCUGUCUUUUAAUGAUUUAUGCAGGACAAAACCUUGGUUCCUAUGUAUAAGAGUCUAUUUCCAUGAGCCUGAGACAGAAGCUCUUCGGUGGGCUGAUGAAAUGAAAGAGGCUGGGAUAUGUUUGUGGCAGUUUCUUUUUUUUUUUUUUUAAUCAAUCUGUAAUGCCUUAAUUCUGUUAGGUGGUCUACCAAAUUUUAUUGUUGUUAAGAGUGGGUCUUUAGAAUCCGGUUUUUUUUAGAAGGGUUUUUACGAGAAGGAAUUAAAAUUUAAACUGCCUCUUUAAGGUUUUCUCUCUCCCAUUCCUUCUGUUGGGCGAGACAGACUUGCUCUUAAAAAGAUUGUUCUACUAUAUUUUUUUUCUGUUUUUCGUA